AGAGCAAGCCUGGGUCAGAGAAGGGGCAGGAAGUCACAAUGUAUAGCACGGGCAUCUCUGCCUGGGUCCCUUUAACACAGAGUUCAUGCUCACUUGGGCUUCCUCUGGGGACUCCGUUUUCCUCCCACAGACAGCACGCAACGGUUCACUGAUGUCUCUAUAGUGUUGCGGAAACUGAAACUCCUCACCUGCGUAAUAAGCCACGCCCAUCGUCGGCUCGUGUGACGUCACAGACCGCGGGAGUGAUGGGGAGUCGAGCGAGCGCUGAGAAAAUGAGCAACAUCCCCCUCUCUCGCUCUGAGGUGUUCGGGGAACUCAGGAAAGAGCUGCACGAUGACAAAGAGUUCCACCAGUCGGACGCUCACGUCUUCAUCAUCAUGGGAGCCUCGGGCGAUCUGGCUAAAAAGAAAAUCUACCCAACUUUAUGGUGGCUGUACAGAGAUGGUCUCCUCCCUGAGCUGACUUAUUUUGUUGGGUUUGCUCGCUCAAACCUCACAGUAGACGCCAUCCGGAGGGCGUGCCUGCCUUACCUGAAGGUGGCAGACACAGAAGCAGACCGGCUGUCUGCCUUCUUCAGCAGGAACUCGUACAUCAGUGGGACGUACUCGGAUGAGGAGUCCUUCUCCAAGCUUGACAGACACAUCCUGGACCUGCUGAAAGAUAAAGAUGGCAACCGGCUGUUUUACUUGGCUCUGCCUCCCACCGUCUACCAUGACGUCACCAAAAACAUCAAGCUCAAGUGCAUGGAUCAGAGAGGUUGGACCAGGGUGAUCGUGGAGAAGCCGUUCGGGCGAGACCUUCAGAGUUCCGAGGAGCUGUCCACUCACCUCUCGGGUCUCUUCGCUGAAGAGCAGAUCUACCGUAUUGAUCACUACCUUGGCAAAGAGAUGGUGCAGAACCUGAUGGUGCUCAGGUUCGGGAACCGCAUCUUCGGUCCAAUCUGGAACCGUGACAGCGUCGCCUGUGUUGUUCUCACCUUCAAGGAGCCCUUUGGCACGCAGGGGCGCGGCGGCUACUUUGAUGACUUCGGCAUCAUCCGUGACGUCAUGCAGAACCACCUGCUGCAGAUGCUGUCCCUGGUUGCCAUGGAGAAACCGGCCUCCACAAGCUCCGAUGACGUCAGAGAUGAGAAGGUGAAGGUGCUGAAGUGCAUCAGCCCAGUGUGCAUGUCAAACGUGGUGCUGGGACAAUAUGUUGGCAACCCAGAGGGGGAGGGGGACGCCAAACUGGGCUACCUGGACGACCCCACUGUCCCUAAAGGAUCCACCCAGGCUACGUUCGCGACAGCUGUGCUCUAUGUGAACAACGAACGCUGGGACGGGGUGCCCUUCAUCCUUCGCUGUGGCAAAGCCCUGAACGAGAGGAAAGCUGAGGUGCGUCUGCAGUUCACCGACGUCCCCGGGGAUAUUUUUGAGAACCAGUGUCGCAGGAAUGAGCUGGUGGUGCGCGUGCAGCCCAACGAGGCCGUCUACGCCAAGAUGAUGAGCAAGAAACCUGGGGUUUACUUCUGGCCCGAGGAAACUGAGCUGGACCUCACAUACAGGAGCAGAUACAAGGAUGUGAAGCUUCCAGACGCGUAUGAGCGUCUCAUCCUUGAUGUCUUCUGUGGGAGCCAGAUGCACUUUGUCCGCAGCGACGAGCUGAGGGAAGCAUGGCGGAUCUUUACACCUCUGCUGCACCACAUCGACAACGAAAAACCCAAACCUAUCCCUUAUGUUUAUGGAAGCCGGGGUCCAACUGAAGCAGACGAGCUCUCGCAGAGAGUUGGUUUUCGCUACGAAGGCACUUAUAAAUGGGUCAACCCUCACAGACUUUAAAGGAGGAGGAGGAGGAGGCUGCGUCUUUCUGCUGUGGGGGUUCAUCGGGAGCUAAAGAAAAGAUGACUUCUCAGGGAAAUUGCUCUGAGCCAACAUCAGACGAUGACGGAUUCAAGUUUCCAGUCUUACAUAGCACUUAGUUUCAACCACCGGGACCAAGUAGUGAAGGUGAGUGACAAGAGCAGCACCCAUGACCUUUAGCAGAGAUAGAAGUCACGCAGCAAAGAGGUGGAGCCACAGCGAGGGCCAGCGAACGCUUGCAUUCAUUGAUUGUAACAAUGCUUCCAGAGCAUUUAUUUAUCGCUCCCUAGUCUUUUCUAAUCAUGUGCACUCCAUCGCGACAUGUAAACCUCAGACCCACGGGAAGUUGUUCUCUUCUGUCAAGUCUUAUCUUCUGGUCAGGUGCAACACUCUUUAGUUUCAGCAGCCUUUACUGUCUGGCUGGUUUACAUGUGUGAAGUGACUGAUGUGCAUUCCAGAGUCCAGACACACAGCUGUGAAUGUCUUCGUCAAAACGUGACGCUAAUGCUGCCCACACUUCCUGUAAUAAACUAGCUUUGCCACUUUGAA